AGAGACUAGAGACCAUUGGGUUGAAAAAAUCUCUUUGUCUAUAUGUAUACCUACAAACAAACACCUGUCUGUCUAUAAAUUCUUUAUCGCCACUACUCCACCACCCUUCCCAGAUAGGUACUCGAAUCUUCAUCCUCCUCCUCUCUCGUUCUCUCUCUUGAUCUGUGCUCUGUAUCACUCUCCAAUGGCUACAGCCACUUUGAACGCCGCAGAUGCCGAGAAGAUCUCUAAGCUCCAAUCUUCUGUCUCUAGCCUCCCUCAAAUCAGCGAGAAUGAGAAAUCUGGAUUCAUAAACCUCGUCGCUCGUUAUAUCAGUGGCGAAGCAAAACAAGUCGAAUGGAGUACGAUCCGGACUCCCACUGAUGAGGUGGUGGUUCCUUAUGACAGCUUAGCACCAACGCCUGAAGAUCCUGAUGAAACUAGGAAGCUUUUGGACAAACUUGUUGUGUUAAAGCUUAAUGGAGGAUUGGGAACAACAAUGGGCUGCACUGGUCCUAAAUCAGUCAUUGAAGUUCGUAAUGGGUUGACAUUCCUAGACCUAAUUGUCAUCCAAAUUGAGUCACUGAACUCCAAGUAUGGAUGCAAUGUUCCUUUGCUACUAAUGAACUCAUUCAAUACCCAUGAUGAUACUCAAAAGAUUGUAGAAAAAUAUUCCAAUUCAAACAUUGAGAUCCAUACAUUUAAUCAGAGCCAGUACCCUCGUUUGAUUGUUGAAGAUUUUAUGCCACUGCCAUGCAAAGGAAUUACUGGCAAGGAUGGAUGGUACCCUCCUGGCCAUGGUGAUGUCUUCCCAGCAUUGACGAAUAGUGGCAAGCUCGAUGCAUUGUUGUCAAAGGGAAAGGAAUACGUCUUUAUUGCAAACUCAGAUAACUUGGGUGCUGUUGUUGAUUUGAAAAUCUUGCAUCAUUUGAUCCAAAACAAGAAUGAGUACUGUAUGGAGGUGACACCCAAAACUUUGGCUGAUGUGAAAGGUGGUACUUUGAUUUCCUAUGAAGGAAAAGUUCAGCUCCUGGAAAUUGCACAAGUUCCUGAUGAACAUGUCAAUGAAUUCAAGUCAAUUGAGAAGUUCAAAAUUUUCAAUACCAACAACUUGUGGGUGAACUUGAACGCAAUUAAAAGACUUGUUGAAGCAGAUGCACUUAAGAUGGAGAUCAUUCCAAACCCCAAGGAAGUGGAUGGUAUCAAAGUUCUACAGCUGGAAACAGCAGCUGGUGCUGCAAUUCGGUUCUUCGAUCAAGCUAUUGGUAUUAAUGUUCCUCGAUCUCGAUUCCUUCCAGUGAAAGCAACUUCAGAUUUGCUUCUUGUCCAGUCUGAUCUUUACACCUUGAAUGAUGGCUUUGUGAGCCGAAACCAAGCUAGGGCUAAUACUACAAAUCCUUCUAUUGAAUUGGGGCCCGAAUUUAAAAAGGUGUCCAACUUUUUAAGUCGUUUCAAGUCCAUCCCUAGCAUCAUCGAGCUUGACAUCUUAAAGGUGUCUGGUGAUGUGUGGUUUGGAGCUGGCGUUAUUCUCAAGGGAAAAGUGGUGAUUGCUGCAAAAACUGGAGUGAAGUUGGAAAUCCCUAAUGGAGCUGUAAUUGAAAACAAGGAGAUCAAUGGCCCAGAGGAUAUUUGAAACUGUUGUUGUUCGUCUUAAGACUUGGAUUGAGUUUUCCUUACUUGAAGGUUGAGUGCCGUUUUGUUUGAUUUGCCGGUGUAGGAUUUGACUUGGAUUGAGUUUUCCUUACUUGAAGGUUGAGUGCCGUUUUGUUUGAUUUGCCGGUGUAGGAUUUGAUAGUUAAAAGUAAGAUUUGCUUGUUAAUAAUAAUAAUAAUAAGAAUAAUAAUAAUGGACAAUUUUUAUAAUUUUUUGGUUGCCAAUAACAUUGCUACUGGAACCUUUGUUCUAAUCUCAUUCCUUCGGAGAUCCUUCAAUGAGAUAACAGUAGUAGCGGACAUAGUUAUCGGAA